UGACCGAUUAUACCCCACAUCCGGCUUUAUGGUAAAUCGUUCUUUCUGUCCCUGGAAGCAGUGCGGAGAUCUUCAUUACCUUUUGAACCAGUCGAACGUAAGAAAUUACGUUAGCAUUAGUUUCACUGAAGACAGAAAAGUUAUUAUCAACAUCAAAUAUGUUACGACAAAUAGUGGGCUCUUUCAGUUUCAUAAGGCAAAGGACAUAUGGAACUAUGUCUAAUGGUUACAGCAAUGCGAGUUACAGAGGUGGUAAUAAGCUUCAAAGAAAAGGAACAUCAUCAUACACCAGUAAUAAUGGACGUUUCGGAAAUCGUAACAAUGCAUCUUUUAAGAGAAGUGCUGGCACUAACCUAAGAAAAACAAAUUGGAGUUUUGAAAAUCUAGAACCGUUUAAAAAGGAUUUCUAUGUACCACAUCCUAAUGUGCAAGGACGCCAUCAACGAGAUGUGGAUAGAUUUAGACAAGACAACCAAAUUACUUUAAAAGGAGACAAGAUUCCUGCUCCUAUUCAACAUUUUGAAGAAGGAAAUUUUCCCGAUUAUGUAAUGCAAGGUAUAAGAAAACAAGGAUUCAAUGAACCAACUGCUAUUCAAGCACAAGGGUGGCCAAUUGCAAUGUCUGGUCAAAAUAUGGUUGGAAUAGCGCAAACUGGAUCUGGAAAAACAUUAGGAUAUAUUUUACCUGCGAUAGUACACAUUAACAGCCAACAGCCGCUAAGUCACGGAGAUGGUCCAAUCGCUCUUAUCUUAGCACCAACUAGAGAACUAGCACAACAGAUUCAAAGUGUUUGUAAUGAUUUCGGUUCUCUAUCUUAUGUAAGGAACACUUGUAUUUUUGGUGGUGCACCAAAGGGGAGUCAAGCACGAGAUUUAGAACGAGGAGUUGAAAUUUGUAUUGCUACUCCUGGACGAUUGAUCGACUUUUUAGACUGUGGUGUAACUAAUUUGCGUAGAUGUACCUAUUUAGUAUUGGAUGAAGCCGAUAGAAUGUUAGACAUGGGUUUUGAACCACAGAUUCGAAAAAUUAUUGAACAAAUCAGACCUGACAGACAAGUCCUUAUGUGGUCUGCAACUUGGCCAGAUGAAGUCAGAAAUCUAGCAGAAGAAUAUCUUAGAAACUAUACACAAUUAAACAUUGGAUCGUUAACAUUAGCAGCGAAUCAUAAUAUUCUUCAAAUUGUUGAUGUCUGUCAAGAACAUGAAAAAGAAACAAAAUUGGGAACACUUCUUCAAGAAAUUGGUAAUGUAAAUGAAGAUGGUGGAAAAACUAUAAUUUUUGUAGAGACAAAGAAAAAAGUGGAGAGUAUUACUAGAAAUAUUCGUCGUUACGGAUGGCCUGCAGUGUGCAUGCAUGGUGACAAAUCGCAACAAGAACGAGAUUAUGUUCUUAGAGAAUUUAGGAACAAGAAAGGUUCGAUUCUUGUAGCAACGGAUGUUGCUGCUCGUGGAUUGGAUGUCGAUGAUGUAAAAUACGUGAUCAACUUCGAUUAUCCGUCGUCGUCUGAAGACUACAUCCAUAGAAUUGGUAGAACGGGCCGUUCAAAUUGUAUGGGAACAAGUUAUGCAUUCUUUACACCAAAAAACAGUAGACAGGCUAAAGGUCUAAUUAAUGUACUUAAAGAAGCUAAUCAAGUAGUAAAUCCAAAGUUGUCUGAACUUGCUGAUAAAAAUGAAGAUUAUGGUGGCCGGAAUCGUUGGGGAUUUGCUCACCGAAGGCUACUGUAACUAUUUUAGUUGAUUUUUUCAACUUUCGAUCACAUUUCUAAAUAAGUGAACUUCUUGGAGACUUCUUACAAUUUUUAUUUAAUUUGUGACUAGAGAAAGUUCUCCACGUAGGUUACUGUGGUAUGCUUUAGUGAUGUGCUCGAUCGACUUUUUACGUUAUUUUUAUUUAUGAUCGAUAGUGGUAGAAUAACUUCAGGAAACACGGGAAACAUUUGACACAUUUAAGUUAUAAAAUUGUAGUUUGUUAUACUUCUGUCCUUUUCAACUCAUAAAGACGCGUACAAGAAAAAGUGAAAAGUAAGUAAAAAUAUUAAGUAGAAACAAUACUUAAUAGAAAGUUGUUCAUGACAAUCUUCUAAAAUUGAUUUAAAUUAUAAAAGGUCUUUAUGAACUUAUACAGUAAGAAAUUUCUUGCAAUUAUCAGUUUCAAUUAUAUACGCUUUUCAAGUUUUUAAGAAUAAUUUAAACAUUUGUUUAGUUAUCGCGUCUCAGAAGUAAGGGCCCUGUAAGAUGUGAAGUAACAGUAACUAUCAGUAUUCAUUCCACUUUUUUUAAUGUGACCAAUUUUUGUUCUUGGUUAUAUUAUAAAGUUGUUCUGUUAAUUUGCGUCUGUAAAGUGAAAUUGCAGAGCGCAUUGAAUAUAAUGACUGUGAAGCUACACUUUUCUUACAUGUAUGUCUUACUAAUAUUUCUAUUUAUAUUAAACACAAUCUCAGUCUAUUGGAAGGAAGAUUCUUUUGAUAAUUUAUUCUUCUAGUAAGGUUAACCAUGUAUAAAAAAUGUAGUUUGACUUAAACUUUCCAUCGAUCUAACAGAUUGUUUGAAUCAUGACAGUAAAAAGUGGCGUUCUUAGUAAUUAAUGGUUUUGUUAAUUCUGUACCUUCUAAACCUUUAAAGCACUUAAGAAAUUAUCGCACGUCACUGUAUAAAAUUUUUAGUUAUCUGUAAUAAAUUUUAAA